AUCACAUUUUCCCCAAAAUAAACUGCCAAUAAAGUCAUGGUUUAUGCCUUUAUAGCUCAUUCGUUGCUACCAGGAACGUGCAGAGUUCUUUAUUCGACUACCUUUGGACUAGAGGACUCCCAAAAUAUCGACUACAUUCCUAGGCUCAAUGGCGAGCCGAUAAGUAAACCAGAGUCGGGCAAAGAUCGUCGCGUUGAGCGCAAGGAACAGAUGUCGUUAGUGGCUAAACAAGUUCAGUCUGAAUUCUCAUUUCGUAAGACAGUUUUAGGGUGCACUGUUGAGGAUGAUAUGCGAAGGCACUCCAUAGAAGAUCCAUCUGGAAACACUGUAACCGGUUGUUUUCGUCUCUCGGCUGGUGAACCAUUUGUGACUGAGAAAAUUGUCGUUUGGCAAGGACUUGGGAAUUUUGGCUUAUCUCUUGUAUGUGAAAAACAUGAGAAUCGACUGCAAGCUGAGGCAGUUUUGAAAUUGUUAGCACGUUAUUCACAGGAACAUAUGAAAGCAUUGGAUCAACCCCAUGAGACUCUGCUUAAAGCUGACAAAAUGGCCGCAAUAGUACAUCAUAUACUACCGCAAGGUCGGCUUUUGUUUAUGAACCACACAGUAACAAGGCAACUCGAAAAGGAGCUUGAGAAUAUGAUUAGUGCGAAGUAACAAUGUAUGAUGAUAAACUAUAAGAAAAAUUAAUUAUAUACAUAUUUAAUUUGCCACUGACGAUAACUAUAUAUAGGGAUACACACUAAGAUUACAUGUGUCUCAAAAUAAGUGGCCGAUUUUAAACUAACUUUCUAGUGACCUAAGGGUGAAUAACUAAAGUAAUGAUCAUAACGAAGACCAAUAUCCUCACUGAAACUGUGUCAUGUAUGUGCUAUUUUGUAUUAUUUUAAAAUAAACAAGCAACAAUUACUGUUAUAAGAUGAA